AUGCAACAGAGCACUAUCCAGCCACUACAGUUUGCGACGACACGGUGGCUCGUGUCCGACGGCUGGCGAGAAAAAGUAUUACUCUUCUAUAAGCCGAGAUACGGUCAUUUGAAGUUUUGGAGAGACGCAGACACACUCUGUCUGUCUGCGGCUCUCCGCCGGCCACGGAGACGCAGAAAGUGGGAGUGUCUCGUUGUCUGCGUCUCUCCAAAACUUCAAAUGACCGUAUCUCGGCUUAUAGAUGAGCUAGAAAGCUGUGAACCAACAAACAUUGCCGAUCAUGUAGACGUCUAUUUUGCGAAGAACGACGCGUGGGGCGUCGUUUCUCGAAAUCUGCUGACUACAGUAUCCCCGUAUUUCACACAUUUGCUGGACGACAAUCCACACAAUCGUCUUCAGCUGGACACGAAAUGGGCCGAUUUUCGUCUGUUGUUGGACGUUUUUACGAAUCAUUGCGAGCUAACAGCCGACAAUGUCAAACUGGUUGCUGAGCAAUCGAAAAAAUACAAGUCAAUCCAAGUGGAUCGAAUGGUGGAGGAGUUUUAUAAGGUUUGCAAAAAUCGAUUAUCGAUUUUCUAA